AUGUCGAAGAGAAUAAUGUGUGAAGUAUUCUGUACUGCUGAGGACUUAGGAAUGGACAUCUUUUAUAGCGAUACCGACAGUAUGCAUCUCUACAAUGAAGAUAUCCCUCGUUUAGCUGAAGAGUUUGAGAAACGUUAUGGAAGAGUUCUCAUUGGUAAAAACCUUGGUCAAUUUCAUAGCGACUUUGCAGAAAUCACAAAAGAUAAACAAAGUUUAGCAUACAAGUUAAUAUUUUGUGGAAAGAAGACUUACAUAGACUUACUCACGAAUGAUUUAAAUGAAGUUGCAUUUCACUGCAGAAUGAAAGACGUGAAGCAAGAUGUUAUUGCUUUAACCGCUAAUGAAAUGUUUCCUGACUCUGUUCAGUGUUUCUAUGAUGAAGAUAAAGGUUUAAUGGUUCCGCAAGGAAAAUUUGACAAAGACUCUGAGUUCAGUGUUAUGAAGUUAUAUAAAGCACUUUAUGACGGUCAAGAGAUUGCAUUCGACUUAUGUAAGUCUUCUAGUCCUUGCUUUGCUGAAAAGUUUAACUUCUCAAUAACGACUAAAACAAGCUUUAUUCGUAAGUUGAAGUUCUGA